AUGAGAGAUACUGUUGUGACGGAUCACAGUGAAAACAAGAAAUCACUGAUGGGUUCGUGUAUGCUCAAAACAUUGUUUUGUGGUGCACCAUUAUUUUCAACACCAUCGACGCCAUCUUCAAGAACAUCAACAAACUUCUACGAGGCUCCACCACCACCUUAUUCAGAAUCAUCCGAUCAAAAUGUGUUUCAAACACAACCCACAUCUGUAAAUAGCACUGAGUUGAGAGGAACGAUGAGCUUUGAUCUUAUUGAAGAAUUGGUGUCGAAUAUUCGUGAUAUGAAUAGUGCUUAUGCUUGA